CCUCUCAAUGUAAAUCAUAAUACAGUUCCUGUAAAAGCAGCACCAUCUCACGAUUAAUAUUGCUUAUGUUAAACCAUUAAACGAGGCGCAUUCUCACGAUAAAAUAAACACCCGUUCAAAACAAAAAAUAUCUUAGACUAAUAAGGGUCUUUUACGGCAAAUUACAAUCUUGAAUAGUACAUAAAAUUGCAUUUUGUUUUGAUAGUGUGUACUUUAGUGGAAGUUAACAUGAUAUUGUUUGAUGUGAAUCUGAAUUGUUUUAUGCAACACUUGUUUAUCUAGCCUAACUCAAGGUUACAUAAUUUCACAUCAUGAAUCUGAUGUGUGAUUUCAGAUUACCAUAAUUAUUUCAUGUAACUGCACUUCAUUCUAUUUUGCUUUCUAUAAAUAUGAAAAUAAAUCUAGAGUAAUCCACCUAAAUACCAUUACUACAAUUAAUUGGUGCAGCUUACUACAAGUGAUUUCGCAUUUGAGAAUUACAGUUCGUUGGCAAUGGGUGACCAAUUAAAUGAAAUUACUCAGCUUCCUGAAGCAGACUUCAUAUUAAGAGGUCAAAAUGUUCUCAAGAAGACACAGUGUCUCUGGUCAGAGGGAGUGACAAAAAUACUAAAAUGUUUCAUCCUGAUACACUUGUCUUACCUGUCCAUCUGGGUGUAGGACACACCUCUUUCUGGCUUUUGCACUAUUCUUUAUGACACUCUUUCCUUCUGCAACACUUGGGAAAGGAUCAAACAGUUUUGAGAGCACACAUGAUGGAUGAAAAACAGGAUCUGAUUGACUGAUGGACAUAAAUACUUGUGUGGACUAACAUGAGGACAUAAGUGAAGGAUCUAUGGAACUGUACAGCUCUACCAACUAUCAUGGGUGAACGUUGAGUGUCUAGAGCGAGUCUGCUUGAAUGCGUACACUUACCUAAUAUCUGUGAGUUGUCUCUAGUCAUGUGUGCGCAUGUGGUACCACAAAGCCCAAUGGCAGGAUUGAACCCUGUCUCAGACUCUCAUACAUUACUGCAAUCUAUGCUUCAGAAGUUACGACUGAACUCUCAGACCAACAGAAGUUCAGUCAUUGAUAUGCAACCAUGGGGUCCGUCUGGAGAAUGUAAUGCUAAACCAGUGGAAGAUUCAUCUAAGACAACUUAUCGGUUUGGGUUUUCUUCCAACAGUAAAGAGCAGGAUGGAUUCACAUCAGUCUGGAAUAAAUGGGAGGAACCAUGGACUCAACAAUCUUCUCAUGCAUUGACUUCUGUUCUCAAGCAACCUGUCAAAAGGAUCAGUAAGCACAACUCAGGAUUCUCUGGUAAACCUAAACGCCCACCAUUGAUUUGGGGGGAACACAAUCGCUUCACAUCAGAGAGGAUGGGUGAUGUCACUUCCUGGGUUGGAGACGAUCAGAUGCCCGGGCCGGAGAAGAAGCAACAUUUUUCUUUAGAAGGGGAGACCAGCUCGAAUGUGCCACCAUUAUACAAAACAGAAUCGUUCCAAAACCCUCCUGAUCUUUUAGCUCCAAUGCUAACAGCACCAUCUCCAGUGCUGGAAAAACCAGAGGUCACAGGUCAAAGUGACACAUGGAGUUGGGGUACUGGGACUGAGAGAAUUGAAAGCACCAGAUUUCAUGAGCAAUCAGGAAAUAUGCCAAAGACCAGUACAAAGAAGUGGGGGGAUGCUAAAAGGUGGGCUCAGAAUGUGAAAGAGAGAUGGAGAGAGAGACACAGAAACACACUGACCAGACAAAGAGAGGAUGGAGAAAGACAAAUGCAGAAUGAUGUACAAAAUAAUUGCUCCUCUUUAUUGGUGCCCAUCGAUGUGAACGACACACCUACAGCACUCACUGAGAUGACAGAAAUAAAUCAUGAAGAGAUGGAUGAAGAUGGCCCCGGUUCACUAAGCUACAUCAGAUCUCAUGACAGUGAGCAAUCAAAUGGACAAUCACAGUUUUCCCAGCUUGAUCCGGAUGAAUCAAAGGCAACUGCUCAUAGUGAUCAACAGCCGACAUCUAAUCAAGUGUCCGGCCCCAGUCGUAACCAGCCACUAGGUGGGACGAAGGAUUUUGUACCCCUCCUUGACCCUUCAAAUGUUAAGUCAAUGAAAAGUUUGUCCAUAACAUCCCAUGGAUCUCUGAGCCGAAAAAGAGAGCACUGGACAAAAAGGAGGGAACCGUUUGAACACACAACACUAGACGUGGAGGACGAGGAGCAAGGCAGCUCUUUCACAGCUGCACAGCCUUCAAACCCUUCAUCUGCAACUUCCCUCAACUCCAUCUCUCAAGACACUUUGGAGACUGCGGUCAAAAAGAGGAGGAUGGAAGAUACUCGGCGCGUUCAGUUCUCUGAGGAGGUUAUCAUCUUAUCACCCAGCUAUUUGCCAGAUCUGGACGAUGAUAAUGUUGAUGAAAAAAAUGAGAGCGUCUGGGAAGAAAAACGUUCUCCCCGGCCUGCUUUCCCUAAGUGGAUUGCGUCUUUAAAAUCCAGAAGAGGAAAGUACAAAUUUUAACUCUCUUCACAUCUGCCUCCACCUCUCAAAUUCUGCAGCUCACACAAACAGACACUGUACUUCCAGAGACGAGAGCGACAAAGAAAAUGAUCAUUAUUACAUUCU